AUGGCGCCUCGAGCUCUUCGUUCGGACUGGCCCCUCGUCGAUACCAUCUACUGCGAGGCGAAGUGCCCUGACAAUGAUGUAUACUACUUUGGGUCCGACGACGACCAAUACGAAAGUCCUCGAGAGAGAAAACGUCGCUAUGAACUCGCUGGACAGCGUUUUCUCGCGGGUUCUACGCCCAGAUUAUUUUCUGCAUCCCUCGCUGGACCAUUCGAAAGCAACCGAGGCUGGAGGAACCCCUGGGCCAGCAAGUCACAGUCGACUCGAAUUGCACGACAACCGGAACCUCAGAUACCCAACGUAUCAAAAGCACUUGGCUCCGUCAGAGCUACGAAACGCCAUGUUCAAUCCAUUAUUCGGAAACACAAAUUCGACGUACCCGAGUGUCAUCUGCCUAGUCCGCAGAGCCUAAGAACGGCAUCAUUGGCAUCAGAUGGCCAUCCGUUUCUCGAGGAUGAAGAAUUACAAACAGUUGAAACAUGGCGCCAUAGUGUCCGUUUAACGCAACCCGACGCGGUGCAACAGUCGACGCCGCAGGCAACCGAUGCCGCCUCUCCGCGCAAACGCAAAGCAAGCCACAAUUGGCUAAAGACAGUUCCUAGCAAAAGAAUAAGAUGCGAGCGAACGGAUAAUAACAAAUUAGAAGGGCCUCAAACUCGCAAGUCUCUUUUACCAAUUCCGUCGAUACCAGGCGGUGAACCGGCCGGGCUGGCACCAACCUCGCCACAGGAUUCUACCAAUCAGCUCCUUUCGCCUCAAAAAGAGUCAUCAGCCACUACAAAAACUUCACGCUCUGCAGUUCCGGCCGAUAGCAAACCUAGCGAUGAACUUAGCAGAGAGCAGCAGGCCGUCGCAACAUUGUCGUCGCCAGUGUCUCUCCGAAACGUCAAGCAAGUGAACCUGACCACCGGAUUGUCGCCUCCCAAAUUCAAAAUGGAGGCGGGAGCUGUACCGGAUGCGAACCCAUGGCCUUCGGGUGCCACCAUUCCCAAUACAGCAGCCAUGCAUUACAUGGCAAGUAGCAACACUGUUCGCGAGCCAUAUAGGGUUCCAGACGAUGAAGACUUUGUUUUUGAUAUCUUAUUGGAUCCACCAUCGGACUCGAAUGAAACUGAAGAGGACGAAUCCAGCAAUGAAGAAUUCACGCAUGAUGCUGCUUUAGAAGAUAUCCACCACGAACAGUCCAUCUUGAACGGGAAACACACUUUGGAUGACGACGAGACAUCCGAUUCGGAGCUCAGUGAUCUUUCUAGUUCUCCGGAAUUGUCAGAUUUGGAGGGCUCUGUAGAUGAAUCACAGGCAGAGCCUAUGGAAGCACUUCGCGACGAGGAAGCCGACUUGAGCGAUGAUCUACCGAUUAUACAUACGGAGAUGGUGGAUUUCGAUGCCGCUAUUGAAGCGAUGGACACGAUGGACGACUCUCACCUGGAACAACCCACUAGAGCCGACUCUAGUUCGCAUCUAGAAGAUGUGUCCUCUGCAGAUAUGUCAGCGAGUGUCGUCAGAAGCAAAGCUGGCAAAGCUGGCAAAGCUGGCAAAGCUGGCAAAGCUGGCAAAGCGAGUAAAGCUGGCAAAGCUGGUAAAGCUGGCAAAGUUGGCGAUGCAGCUAUGUCUCAUCCAGCUCCUAAAGGGGAGACGAGUGUUCUAGGCAGCAACGAGUCACCUGACGUGUCACACACAGAGACUAGGCAACCGCCCCAGCCAGAUAUCGUCGAAAACGAGGCUGAGCUCGACACACUUGAUCAGAGUUGCAACGCUGUUGCAGCAAAAGCGCAAGUAGGGCCCGAACCUUGUGUCACGGCUGAGCCUGCGACCCAAUCACGAACAGAGAAUAUUGUGCCACAGUCUCCCAAGGUGAAACAAGAAUCAUCCGACUUUUCGUUGAGAGCAAUGUUCCGAAGCUUGGUCCCUACAAAUACAUGGGCCCAGCUGACGCACCUAGCCACUGGUCCUCCGCAAUCAACACAGCGAUCCGUUCUCUCAACUACAAUGGAGGAGCAUGUUUUACCAAGCGUUGAGGACAUUUCUGCAGAUAAUCAGGAGGAGUCGAUGACGGCUUCGAUGUGUGACACUGUGUCCUCCGAAGAAGCAAUUGAUGGCAGAUUCCAACAACAGCCAUGUUCCGGGCAGGACAAGCAUGUGAUAUUGGGAAAGCUACCGACGCUUCCACCCCGAGCUAGCGAAGCCAGCAUCCUACCUACAUGUCGGAAAGAAUCGACGCUUCUCCGACGAGACGAUGUGAAGUCGAACGACAAGUCGAUCGCCAACGAAGAGAUACUUGAAACCAAUCCCCGAGCAAGGCCGGCGCCAUCCGCGACGGCAUGUGAGAUGUCACCUCCAGCCGCCGCUCCUGCUACGCCUGUUCGGGAGAAGACUUCAUCGCCUCUUGGAGAGGCGGACGAUUCUGGACCACGGUUCGCUUUCAAGUCGUUCGCUGCUUUUACGACACCAUCCCCGGAGCGCCUACGUAUUACGAAGCGCCGCAAGCUUCCAGGAUCAGGUCUUCGGCAUCCGAACCUCAGAGGCAUCUUGUCGUCAGGAAACGCCGGCUCGCCUCGACGUACAAGCAAGAGAGUCUCGUGGUUGCUUUCGGGUGAUUGUGACGCAGAGACCAGGAGUCUUAGGGACAAUCUGCCGCCGAGUAACCGUGAGGCGCCGUCCUCGCCGCCACCCCGGACGCCGCUUGCAGAGUUGCCUACUGCUUGUAACGAUAAAUUUGCGAAGCACUUUUCCUCAAUCGUGAGGCGCACUGAUGGGCUGCGACACCGAUUCCACGUCUCGGCGGACACGGAUCGGGUCGUCGAGGCUUUGGCCAGCAGCCAGAGCUCAAACAUGAUGGGCAAGAGCGCAGUCGAUGCAGUCAUGAAGGAUACGGUAGUGGCGUUGGAGGGCAUUGACGCGGAGAACCAGAGCAAGCCGCGAGAAGCGACCAUGUCUGUCGAGCCAAUGGAUAUGGUGGAGGACAUGGUCCGCGAGAUGGGCGAUUUUUGGCAGGCGUGGGAUGUGGACGCAGAGCUCAACGCGGCGAAGAGGGAGCAGGCCAAGGCUGCGUCGACUAGAUCACAGCCACAACCUGCAUGGCGUUGA